CUGUAUAUUCCGACAAUUCAACUGGUAGCCGCCACAUCGGACGAAAGAGCUCGACGUCACAGUGUUAUACACACCUAAUCGAAGCAGCUGCCGCCGAAAAAUCAAUAUCUCUGCAAAGCUCCUACGUGGACGGACGGUCAAAGUCGGUUAGAAACGCGCAAUAUGUUUUCCAGACCGCAGGGUGUGUCUAUGCUGGUUGGGGUGCUCGUGCUCCUCUCAAGUAGCUGCCAGGUGCAGUCGUACGGCUCCAAGGAUAUUUUGGCCGAUGCCCUGCUGACGGAUCUGCUCAACCGUAUGGACAAUGACAUGCAGGUGGGCUACUACGACGUGGACAACGAGGCAGCCGCGAACUCCAAGGACAACGUGGACCUGGUCUCCCGUUCGGAGUACGCCAGGCUGUGCGACGGGGGCAGCGAUUGCAUCCUGCCCUCGGGUGCGGGCUCCAGUCCCUCGCUGCGGGACCACGAGUUCCUGCAGCACAGCUCGCUGUGGGGACACCAGUUCAUCUCGGGCGGAAUGGGGGAGGGGCCCAACAGGUAUCCAGCCAUUGUGAAGAACGACGCCGGACUGCCGGCCUACUGCAAUCCCCCGAAUCCCUGCCCCGAGGGCUACGACAUGGAGACCCAGGGCGGCAGCUGCAUCGUGGACUUCGAGAACACGGCCAUCUUCAGCCGGGAGUUCCAGGCCGCCCAGGACUGCACCUGCGACAACGAGCACAUGUUCGACUGCUCGGACCAGGACAGUGCCGACUCCGGAUCGGAGAAGGGGGAUCUCAACUCCGCCGUGGAGCAGUACAUCAUGCAGAUGGGCCAGGAGAACAGCCUCAACAACGUGAACAGCCUGGUGAAGAAGGCCGGCUACCCGGUCAUGCCCGAUCCGCGCCUGGAUGCCGCCGUCAUGAACCCGUUCCUCCAGGGCGACCGUCUGCCCAUCGCCGCCAAGAAGGGUAACCUGCUCUUCCACUAAGUUGGAUCGCUGGGCGCUGUAACAGCGAGCAUAUACGACCAUACCCACAUGUGUGUUAUGUGUAUCGUUUCCCUAUUGGGUGUCUAAUACUAUUACCUAUCACAGUUGGUUAUCAAUGUUGUCCCGCAACCAAAGUCUAGAAAUGUUUCUUCCCUCCCCGCAAAUAAAGUUAUCCGUAUUAAACUAGGGCUCCAAGCCGAAAACAAA